AUGGUUAAAGAACAAGAAAGUAAAAAGUAUUACACACAAACACAGGAGACAGAGAUAACACUAGUUAAGAACAGUCUUAGUAAAAGACAAACAUCAAGUAAUAGAAUCUGUACUUUUGAUAGUGAUAUAGAAUAUAAAGAAAUAGAAAUGACACCAGCUAAAAGUGUUUAUUUGCUAUCUCCAUUAGCCCACGAGGAAAUUGCAGGCAGUCCAAUGUCAAUGAGAUACACUUCAAUAAGAAAAUUAAGUUUUAAUAGAAAAUCAAAUAAAAAAUUAAACUUCUUUAAGUGA